AUGGAACAAAAAAUUAAGGCAAUUUUAGUUAUUAAAAUUUCUGCUUUUAUAGUUUUAACUUUGAAGCACCACUUUACAAAUGAUGUGAGUGUGUUUAGCAAUUUUUUGUAUAACUAUAAUCUCAACAGAAAAUUAGAUACAAGAACUUAUAGAUUACUUGCAAUAUGUAAACAAGCUAAAAAUUCAAGUAUAUUAAUGCUAAAAAAUAAUAUAACGAAUAAUGCAUUACAGAAAGAAAAAUAUAUAUCCAUCAAGGAAGAUAAAACUGCACAAAAAAAAAAUCGGUUAAAUGGAAUUUCAUUAAAGAAUGCGAAAAAAUAUAAUGAAGCAAAGAAAAAAAAAUCUUGCAUAUUUGAAACAAAGAAAUAUUCCCAUUUUGAAAAAAAAAUAUUCAAAGAACUUGAUUAUAUAGAUUUUCUUAAAAACAACAAGACAAUAAGUGAUAAGACUUACAAAAAAAUAAUAAUUAGAAAAUACAGUCUACAAUUUGCUUUACCUUCGUUAUUGUUUUUGUUGUCACUAGCAUUACCCAUGAUAGAGAUAAUAUGGCAUUUCUUAUAUCAAAAAAUGUGGUUAUUGGAAUUUUCAUGGCUGAAAACACAGUUAAAUGCGUUAGCCAGUGGACCAUUGUCUGACUUUUUAGAAAAGUUAAAAGAUGGUAUGUCAUGGUUAUGGGGAGACUUAUCUUCAGUAAGUGAUCCAAAAUGUGCAGUUCUAGGACAUUUAGUUGGUCUUCUAAUAUAUUUCAUACCUUUUAUUAUAUUAGGUUUCACACUUAUAUUGAAGCUUUUUUAUUACCACAAAAAAGUUAAAAAAUAUGAAAAAAUUAAGUUUAGUAAAAGGUAA